AUGUUGUUCUCUCGCUUUUCUGUACUCUCGCUCACAUCUUACUUACAUCAUCUUGACAUUCUCACCAUCUUCAAGACCAGACCUCUUAUUCCAGACACCCAGCGAGAAUGGACGAAAGGCGACUUCACCCUGGUGGCAACGGAUGGGGUCGAGUUCAAGGUUUCCUGGAAUCUGCUUCUCUCGGUCAGCGGGGUAUUCAGUGAUGCCGAAUGCCUGGCUGGCGAUGCUAGGCGGGAGCUGUACUUCGUUGAUCCCGACUUCGAGACCUCGCCUGUCAUCUCUCGAUUCCUGCAACUCGCUUCGACGCAUUCAAUAGGCCAGAACGGGGUGCUUCUAAACGACGACGACUUGGAAGCGUAUAUCCGACUGGUCGCCUUCCUCCGCAAGUACGACUGUCCCGAUCUGCUCGCACUGUUGCCGCCUUGCAUCCGUGGGAGACUCGAGCACGACGAGAUCUCACCACAGCACGUCUACAUCAUUGGGGCAGUGCUGGACGACGUCGAGUUGUGUGUAUCAGCGCUCAAACGCCGCACAGCCGGGGCCGUUCAGGAUGGCUCGCUCGUUACCAUUGGGGCUCACACGAUCGUUGUCUCGGACAUUCCGCAACGGUUCCGACGCUUCAUACCCGAAGAGUACUGGUUUGGUCUGAUCGGUGCGCGACGCAGUCUCGACUCGCGCAGUCUGAUCCCGACGAAACGCAACGAAUGGGACGACAUCUCUGUCGACUUCAGACUCGAGCUUAGCCGUCUUAAGCGAUCAGCCGUAUGA